CGGCUCGGGCAAGCACCGCGAUUUAAGCUCUUGCUCAUUUGCCCCGAAAUUUAACUAAAGUCUUAAAGUGAUUGAGUGUACGGCUGUAUAUAAAGUAUUUUGAACAUUUUGUUAACCGACUGAUACACUAUAAGUUCCAAGUUUAAGGUAUACGCGAAGUUAUUUUGCCGAAAUGCCGAACGGGAAGGCCGAAUCUAAAUCAGCCGCUAACGUUACACCAGCCCAUGCCAACAUGGAUCAUGAUUACACGCCGAUGGAUGCUACAACUAGUAGCAGGACGAAAAGGAAAGUUUCCCCUGGUACACCAACUGAAAGUACAGCUCCUCCUUCUAAAGUUAAGUCGUCACAAGAUUCAUUUGAUGUUCCAAACGCGUCUCUUGUCGAAGCUAUAGAAAAGCUAACCUUUAAAAUUGACAGCUUUGGUGACCAGUUAAGAGAAAACUCAGUCAUGGUUGCUAGCAUCACCAAACUAGUGGAGCUGAAUGCCAUUGAGAUCAAAGAAUGCAAAGACAAGAUACAAGCUGUGGAAAAAGAAGUGCCUCGUAUUGUAAAGGAAAACAAGGAGCUGAAAGAAAGAGUCAAUGAGUUGGAACGUUACAGGAGACGCUGGAACCUUAAAAUUCAUGGCCUGAAAGAAAAAGACGACGAAAAUAUCAGAGUCGUUGUCAUGAGAAUCCUGUCCAAAUUAGCACCGCAAUGGGAGACGUCCAUGGAAUCGAUUGUUGAUUCUGUUCACCGCAUAGGGAGAAAAGAAGAAGGGAGAGACCGACAAACAAUCAUCCAGUUCACCAUGCGAUUCCACCGGGAUUCCUUCUGGAAGCUGUCCAAAAACUCUAGGAUUUGCAAAGACUUGGGUAUUCACUUCAAACAGGACUUUUCUAAAGCUGACAGAGAAGCUCGUGCAGCGGCAUGGCCGAAAAUGGAGCAAGCCAGGGCGGCUGGACAGAACGUGUUCUACAAGGGACAUGUGGGCUAUAUCAACGGAUUGGAUCCCCAAAAUAGAUGAGAGUUUCAAAGAUGUGUGUGAUGCAGACAUCAGUAUGGUUGAAGUUGAAAAAGCCAUGAAAUGUUUACCACUAGACAAAUCACCUGGUUCAGAUGGAUUAACAAGUAACUUCUAUAGACAUUUCUGGGAGCAUAUAAAAGACCUAAUUUUUCACAUGAUAAAAGAAAUUUCUGAAUUACACAUUUUACCAACAACUAUGAAGCAAGGAAUUAUUACUCUCAUCCCCAAACCUGGGAAAAAUCCAAAAUUAAUAGAUAAUCUUAGACCCAUAACAUUGCUUAAUAAUGACUAUAAAAUUUUAACUCACAUUUAUGCUAACCGAUUAAAAACUGGUAUUUCAAAGAUCAUUUCAGA